AUGAGUAGCGAUGUUAAAGAAAACGACAUUACUAUCAAUGGGGAUAAUGAAGAAGAUGCCCAGCAUGAUUUAAAGAAAAUGGAAUUUGAAAAGAAGCAUAUGGAACUUAAAGAAAAAUUAAAAAAACUUAAGAGUUCGAAUAACAAUAGUGGUAUAAAUGAUGAUACUAAUAGUGCUGAUUCAGAGAAGAAUGAAAAGGACAAUUCAAAUAAAAACGAGAUAACUACUAAAUCAGUCACAAGUGAUAACAAAAAUAAAUUUAUCCAACUUCGAGAAAAGUUGAAAAAAUUAAAGGAAGAGUGUAAUCCCGAUGAGGGAUACGGAAAUCAGAUAAUAACAGAAAGAGGAGGAAGUGAAAAGAGUUAUCAAAGCAGAGAUAACACAAAAAGUAAUGAAAAAACUUUAUCCCAACCCACAGAUGAAUGUUACAAAGAAAAAGAACCUGUUAAGGUUGAAAAGGAUCGAGAGGCAAUGCGAGCUGAACUAAAGAAAAAAUUAGAAAAACUUAAGAGAGAAUAUGGAAUUUAUAAUAAUGAAAAUGGAACAAGUGUAAGAAUAGGAGAAGAACAAAAUGAGUUUCGAAACAAAAGCAUAAGCAAAGGAAAUACAUCCAGUAAUUACAGGAAAUAUUCAAAAAGAAGUAAUACAACGUCCAAUCGUUCUACAUCUCUGGAUAGAGGAAAACUCCAAAGUUAUGAUAAUAGGAGGAAUUUAAAUUAUUCUCCUGAUAGAAAUAAAAAUCGUUACAAGAAUCAGAAUGAUUAUUACGAUAGGGAGUUAAGUAACCAUAGUGGAUUUAGCUCAUUGGAUAGAGAAUAUAGGAGAGAUUAUUACGGGCGAGUGCCAAUCCGAUUGGAAAAUUUGCCAUAUGAGGAUAUAAGAAGAAGGGGUGUGCAUUAUAACCCCAGAAGGGGACAGAUAGGGCAUGGAGUUAGAAUAAGAUGUAGUAUUAGCAAUAGAGAUCGAUCCAGAUGUAUAAGUCGAUCGAGGAGCAGAAGCAGAUCAAGAAGUAACAGGGAAAGGGAAUAUUGGAGAGAUAAACAGAGAAGCAUGAACCCACGAGAAAAAUGGAACUAUGUGCGAGGUGAUGAUAAUUCUUAUUUCAGGAGAGAAGAAAAAAAAAACCGAUAUUUAUACAAUAAAUGGACAGGGGAAAGAAUUGAAAAAAAAUACUUCCGAGUUCCUUUGGGUUAUCACACAACGAAGGAAAAUUGGAACAGCUAUACUCAAUGGCUGCAAAAAAAAAAUGAUUAUAGAUUUGGUUUAGAGUUUGAUGAAAAUAAAAUUUUUAGGAGAUCCAAAUCGUUGUCUCCAAGCACGUGGAAGAAUUUCGUUUCCAAUUCAGAAGACAAUGAAGAGGCUCCCCCAGGUGAUGCUGAUCGUGGCAAAAAGGCAAUUGAAAAAAUUGAGAAAACUGAGAAAAGUGAGAAGUAUAAAAAAAACGAAAUAACGAAAAAGCUGCAAAAAGAAAAAAGUGAUGAAAAGGGUGGAGAUUAUGGUGAUUCACACUUCGACAGUUCCCAGUCAUCAUACUCAAGUGACAAAAAACGUGGAAAUAACCGUGCACCACAGAGAAGGAAGAAAACGAAAAGGUAUAGCAGCAGCAUAUCAAGCAUGCACAAAGGAGAAAGAGAAAGAGAAAGAAGUGUAAACAGGGGAAAAAAACGACAUAGAUCUUCAGGAAAAAAAAAAAAAAAAGCGGAAAAGGUAAGUAAGAGGAGAAAACGUGACAGGAGCACCGACAGUAGUGAUGAAAGCAGCGAUCGUGAUAAAAAGAAAUAUAAAAAAAGAAAACAUGGAGAAAAAAAACGAGAAAAAAAAUAUCGUGAAAAAGAACGUAGCGAAAAAAAAAAACGCAAAAAAAGUAAACAUGAUGAAAAGAAAAGAAAACAUAAGAAAAGCAAAUACAGUGAAAAGAAAAAAAAAAAAUCCAAAAAAUUGAAUAAAACGAGAAAGAAUUCUGAAUAUUCUGACAGUGGUGGUGAGGAAAGCAGCAACACCUCCUCUACAUCUCUUUCCUUCCUUUGCGAAGGAUAUGAUUCUUUGCAAGACAAGGAAACUAGAAAAAAAGGAACCAAGGUGCCGAAUGCAAAAUUAAAAAUUAGUAAAAGCACGAGGAGAGAAAAGAUGACUAGUGUGAUAGAUGAUGAUGACCCCGUUACAUUUGAGAGAGAAAAGAAAGACGAAGCUGUGGUAAAAGAUAUGGGAGAAGAAAAUGACCAAAUGGAGGAAGAAAUGGAGGAAUAUGAAAAAAAGAAAGGAAAGAAGAAGGAAACGGAAUUGGGAACGGAGUUCAAAUCGGAGAUGCAAAUAGUAAUGGACGAUGAGAAGGACUAUCAGAACGAGAGAAAAGACAAUCAGAAUGAGAGAAAAGACGAUCAGGAUGAGAAAAAGGACGACCAGGACGAGAGAAAAGAUGAUCAGGACGAGGAACAUUAUGAAGAUUCCUCUGGAGGAGAAAGUGAAGUAGGUCCAAAACCGCUGGAUGUAAAUGUGAAAUUGGCAAAGCAACAAAUUGAUUAUGGUGUUGCCAUGAUGCCAGGAGAAGGACAAGCAAUAGCUCAGUUCGUGCAGAAGGGGAAAAGAAUUCCAAGGAGAGGAGAAGUAGGACUGUCAGCUGAAGCAAUCGAAAAUUUUGAAAGUCUUGGUUAUGUUAUGAGUGGAUCGAGGCAUAAAAGAAUGAAUGCCAUUCGUAUGAGAAAAGAAAACCAGGUAUACAGCGCUGAAGAACAAAGGGCAUUAGCCAUGCUGAAUUAUGAGGAGAGAGCUAACUGGGAAAAUACAUUAAUAAAUGACCUGAAGGAGGUUUUGAGGAAGCAAAACGAGGCCAUACUAAAUGAGAGUAAGAACAGCUGA